AUGCUAACGGAGCCCAAGUAUGGGCGCUUUCGCAAUGGCUCAGUGACGCCCUCGGAGGACCCAGCCAUGAGCAGCAAGGUCGCGGCGGCCACCCCGGCCCCCUCGCCGCCCGCCUCCCUGGCCCACCCGUGCCCCCCGCUGGGCGAAGCUCGCUUGCCGGAGGAGCAGGAGGCCGUGACCACCUUCUGCAUGCUGAUCCCCAAGAUUCCCCAGUGGAAGUUCUCCAGCCCCUCCGGCUUCCUGAGCCGCAGCCCUUCCAGUGCCAGCAAGGACCUGUCGUCCCCGGCUAAGCCCGGGGGCCCCGGAGAGGCAGGAGGUACCUCCUCCGGCCUGGCUGCUGUCCUGAGCGCCUGUGAGCCUGUCUGCCACUCUCCUUGUUCUCUGCAGGUGAUGAACCGGUUCCGAGGAGGGGGAGGGAGGAAGGCGGCUCGGGUCGAGGGGGUCAAACUGGCCGGAGAGGAAUGGAACCGGAAAGGUAGCUUCAUCAAUAAACCGGCGCAGGGCUGGCUCCAUCCGGACGAACGGGUCCUGGGACCAGGGGUCUCCUACAUCGUCAGGUACAUGGGCUGUAUUGAAGUGCUGCGCUCCAUGCGAUCUCUUGACUUUAACACCCGGACGCAGGUUACCAGGGAAGCCAUCAACAGACUGUACGAGGCGGUGCCUGGGGUCAAAGGGGCCUGGAAGAAGAAGGCACCCAACAAAGCCCUCUUCUCCAUCCUGGGCAAGAACAACCUGCGCUUCGCUGGGAUGAGCAUCACUGUCAACAUCUCCAUCGACGGGCUCAACCUCAUGAUCCCCACCACCCGGCAGAUCAUUGCCAACCACCACAUGCAGUCCAUCUCCUUCGCCUCGGGGGGAGACACGGACAUGACAGACUACGUGGCCUAUGUGGCAAAGGAUCCCAUUAACCAAAGAGCCUGCCACAUCCUGGAAUGCUGUGACGGGCUGGCUCAGAGCAUCAUCAACACGGUGGGACAGGCCUUCGAGCUGCGCUUCAAGCAGUAUCUGCACAGCCCCCCCAAGGUGGUGGUGCCGCCGGACAGGGUAAUGGGGACCGAGGAAUCCGCGUGGGGCGACGAAGAGGAGACGGCCGAACACGACUACUACAACAGCAUCCCGGGGAAGGAGCCUCCCCUGGGGGGACUCGUCGACUCUCGGCUCAGGCACGGGACGUUGCUGGGCCACGUGCACUCCCAGCCCUCCUGCGCCGGUCACUUCAGCCAGGUUGGAUUUCCUGCCAGAAGAGACCAGAACAGCCACCCGGGCUCCCACUGGGACAGCGACGCUCCUGGCCAGUCCUGCGACGGCUACCUCCAGGCAGACGGCCAGCCCCUCGGAUGCCGCGACUACGAGGAGCACAUGUACGUCAACACGCAGUGCCUGGACGGCUGGGAGCACGAGGCGAGCCCCCCCAAGGAUCUCUUUGACAUGAGGCCUUUCGAAGACGCCCUAAAGCUGCACGAGUCUACGGUGGCUGGCGGGGCCAGCCCUCCCCUUGAGGACCAGUGGCCCAGCCCGCCCACCCGGAAGGCUCCCGUCGCCCCCACGGAAGAGCAGCUGAAGCGGGAGCCCUGGUACCACGGGAAGAUGAGCCGGCGAGACGCCGAGAAGCUGCUGCAGAUGGACGGGGACUUCCUGGUGAGGGACAGCAUCACCAACCCCGGGCAGUACGUCCUGACGGGCAUGAACGGCGGGCAGCCCAAGCACCUACUGCUGGUGGAUCCCGAGGGUGUGGUGAGGACCAAGGACGUCCUGUUCGAGAGCAUCAGUCACCUGAUCAACUACCACCUGCAGAACGAGCAGCCCAUUGUGGCGGCGGAGAGCGAGCUGCACCUGAGGCAGGUGGUGAAGAGGAAGCAGUGA